CUACAGUAGGCGGUUGGAUUUAUAUUUGUAGAAAAUUUCAAUGAAAAAACAGCAAAAUUCUGGAUUAAUUUUAUGUCUGCAUAGUUUUGAAGGUACCUCUGAGUAGCAGACGAGUGCACUCAAAAUCCCCAGUAGUUCCGAUACGGAGACAGGACAGGCACAGGACCGAGCGCCAGGAUACCAUAAUGGCCAAGCAAAUGGUGGUGAACACAACGUCGCCGAUGGCUGGGCGGCGCCUGCACCGGGAUGUCAACCGGCUGCUGGCCUCGGGUUACCGCACCACCGUGGACGACGACAUGGCCAACCUGGACGUGUGCUUCGAGGGGCCACUGGGCACCGCCUACGAGGGCGGCGUGUGGACGGUAAAUGUGGCCAUGCCGCUGGAGUACCCGCUGAAGGCGCCGCGCGUCCGCUUCGUCACCAAGAUCCUGCACCCGAACAUCGAGUUCACCACGGGCCUGGUCUGCAUGAAUGUGUUCAAGCAGGCCUGGUCGGCCAGCUACGACCUGGUGAACAUCUUCGACACCUUUCUGCCGCAGCUGCUGCGCCACCCGAACCCCCACGAUCCGCUCAACCACCGAGCCGCCUACAUCAUGAAGCACUCGGAGGAGCUCUUCCGCGAGCACGUAAUCCUCUGCCUGAAGAUGUACGCCCUGCCCGUAGUCCUCUCCCCGAAGGACCUGGUGGAGGAGGGCCUCGAGAAACGCUCUUCGGACCUCAGCCUCUCCGAUCUGCUGUCGGACGACGACGAGGAUGACGACGGGGGCGAAAACGGGAACGGAAACGGAAACAAUGCACUGCCAAGUGCUGGGACAGAUCACGUUAGCGAUUGA